AUGGGCCGGUCCCGGCGUUCGGGACGUCAGCGUCAGUUGCGCCGCCUCGUAAGGGCGCACCAUAGAGUACAGCAAUUUGACCCGCGCGUCUUCGAGACCCGCGCUAUUAGGCCCCCUGCACCGGGGCCUCCUCCGGUGCUCCCGUGCCCCCCACCUGCACGGAACCCUCCGGCGCUCACGCCAUCCGCGCCUCCCCAGCCUCUCCGUCUAGCCUCUCCAAAGGGCCAAGGGCCCCCUGCACUCCCACCCCCUCCACCAUACCGGAAGGCUCCGGCUCUCCAGCACCCUCCACCCAUACCUGAGGCCUGCACCCAGCGAGUGUGGAGACCCCGACUGCCUGUCACCCCUCUCGCGCGGGCACCCCUGGCUGCGGUCUCAGCACCUCCACCACCCCCUUGUCCUACGCGGCUCGCCAUGCCUAGAGCACCUGCUGCUCGCCCCCGGGUAAUCGUCGUGGAGCCCCUCAGGCGACGUAUAAAAAUCGUCCUCCCAAGGGUGGACGCUCCGAGGAUACAACGAAGUAUGCCCGAGCUAUAA